CGCGGAAAACGCGAGUCGAGACCUGGGCCUGAGGAGUUAAUUACUGCGGCUCGUGGCGGCGGCCUUGGCGGCAUGGAUGUCAGCGAUCCGGAGAGAGACAAUACAGGCCGUUGUCGCCUGAACUCGCCUGUGCCCGCGGUGUGCCGCAAGGAGCCUUGCGUCCUAGGCGUCGAUGAAGCGGGCCGGGGCCCAGUGCUGGGCCCCAUGGUCUACGCCAUCUGUUAUUGUCCCUUGUCCCGCCUGACAGAUCUGGAGGCCCUAAAAGUAGCAGACUCAAAGACCCUGUCGGAGAACGAGCGGAACAGGCUUUUUGCGAAAAUGGAGGCGGGCGGGGACUUUGUGGGCUGGGCACUGGAUGUGCUGUCUCCAGACCUCAUCUCUACCAGCAUGCUUGGGAGGGUCAAAUACAACCUGAACUCCUUGUCCCAUGAUACAGCCACUGGGCUGGUGCAGUAUGCCUUGGACCAGGGUGUGAAUGUCACCCAGGUGUUUGUGGACACUGUAGGGCUGCCAGAGACAUACCAGAAGCGGCUACAGCAGUGCUUUCCCGGUAUUGAGGUGACAGUCAAAGCCAAGGCAGAUGCCCUCUACCCUGUGGUCAGCGCCGCCAGUAUCUGUGCCAAGGUGGCCCGUGACCAGGCUGUGAAGAACUGGAAGUUUGUGGAAAAACUGCCAGACCUGGAUGCUGAUUAUGGCUCAGGCUACCCCAGUGAUCCCAAGACGAAAGCGUGGUUAAGGAAGCACGUGGAGCCCGUGUUUGGCUUCCCCCAGUUUGUCCGGUUCAGCUGGCGCACGGCCCAGAGCAUCCUGGAGAAGGAGGCGGAAGAUGUGAUGUGGGAGGACUCACCCACAGGGGAUCAGGAGGGACUGGGGAGCAUCACAUCCUACUUCAGUGAGGGUCCCCAAACCUGCCCCCACCUCCCCCACCGGUACUUCCAGGAGCGCGGCCUGGAGUCAGCCACCACUCUCUAGGAGCCAGCCUGUAUCCCUUUACCUGCCUCCCCCACCCCCAAACUUCACUGGUGAUUAAAAGUGUUCUAAGGAAAAA